AUGUUGACGCUAUGUUUACUUACUCCGGUGCUGUGCGUGCUACCUACCGGGGUUCUAGGAAGACAUGGGAAUUCGGCUCUUACUCAUCUCGCGUCUAGUAGGUCGACAGAUGAUGAUGGUCAAGAAAACUACAAACAUGUUAGUGUCGGACAAACCUACCAAGAAGGGCUCACUGGGCGGACAACCUCGAUUAAUUAUACGUUGCCUUGGCCUGCUACAAAGUCUAUUCAACCCGAUCCUACCUUUCAAGGGAUGAAUGUCACUUCAGUAAUUCCCGUUUUCGAGACGUGCAACUUGCCGGGUGCAAGGACUACAUCAUGCUCGCCUUCUUUUCAGACUAUCAUCACUACCAAAUGUUCAACUAUUUUAACAGGAUAUUUUACUAGGCAUACUGUCUCUGAGUGUGAUGAGAUUGUCACCUUCUCUACACAGUACGGCUAUUCGUUGGCUACCACAGCACCUCCUGCAAGCAGCGUCUCGGCUCUGCACAAGCGUAAGAAAAGUACAUCGUUGACAAACAACUAUAUUCAUAACGUUACAACAUAUUAUGCCGCUCCAUGGCAGUCAAUUGCAGCAGAUUAUCCAUCAGAUAUACACGUUCAAAUAUGCGGACUGUCAUCCGAUGGUGUUCGAAUGUGUACAACUGUCACUGAAGUCUGGGUCAUCCAUACGGAAUAUAUACCAACUUAUUAUACUGAGGCCAUCUCAGUUUCCACUGUAGUAUCUUCAACCGCCGUGUUAGCAUUUGCUCCCAACAUAUAUAUAACUAUCACGCCCGGAACUUUCAUACUUUCAACAAAAAUAGUAUCUACAAGUUUAUUGGCAAAGAACAUAACCUCAACUUCUAGAAUCGAGAACUCGAGCUUGGAAUCAUCAGGCUCUGCAUCUAGUACUCAAGAUUUGACGACAACGAUUUACAUUACUGGUCCGGGUAGUACCACGACGAUAAAUCUGGGGAUGGCAUUGUCUCUCGCCUCAGUUCAAGAGCCAGCUAGGGCAACUUGCACAACUACAAUCACGAGUACGACAAGGGUAACAAGAACCACCACUUUCACGCCUCGUCUUACCGUUUCCCCAACCAUUUAACUGCUCCACGGGAUUGCGGUUUAGUUUGAGAGUCUGAUAUUUGGACAGAAAGGAAUGCAUUCCUUUGUGCGGGAUAUCAUACCUGGAAAAGUCUAGUCAACAAACAUUUUGGCGUGUGAUUCCAUGCGGGAAUAGAUAGAUGCUCACUUUGAAUUUAUGGCUCUAUCCU